UCUUCUUCUUUCUUUUCUUUUUGGAUUUUUUUCCUUCUUCUUUCAAUGCUAAAAAGGAAAAGAACUCACUACAAAGUACAUUAAUAGGUAGACAGCUCUUUCACCUUAGGAAAAAGGGCCCAUAUUCACAACUUGUUGUUAAUUGAUCCAUGUCUCAUCCUUCUUCUUCUUCAUUCAAUGCAUUGAAAAAUAUACAAAUAAAUAAUUAUAUAUAUAUAUAUAAUACAUGAAAAAAGCAGAAACAUGUAAAAUGUAAUACUCUUAUAUACAAAUACAAUACAAUAAUAUUCAAAACAAGUUUCCAAAACUUUCACAGUAUUCACUCACUCUCAUGAGGUUAUGUCCCAAUUUUGUGUUUGUCAAUUAGUCUUUUUCCUUUUCUGCUAGUUUUUUUCCCUCUCACAAGCUCAACAAUGAAUAAUGUUGUUGACACCAAAAAAGUAAGAACACAAACGAGGAAUACAAACAAAAAGUAGAGCAAAAUGUCUGCAUCAUCACACCCUCUUCCUCUCAACCCUGUAAUCAUAUCAUUCAUUUUCUCUCUCAACCAAACCAGACUUUUCCACCAUUGAUGCCAUCUUACCAAAUCCAGUUCUCGUUUCUUUACCUCUAAACAUUCAUCAUUCUUCUUUGUCAUAUACACCCUUUUCAUAUAUAUGUAAAGCUAAAUCGCAUCUUUGUAUAGUGUACUCUCUCUGUUUUUUUUUUUCUUUUCUGGGUUCUUGAUUCAGAAACCAAAUGACCCGGCUUUUCCGAUCCAAAUCUUGUGGUCUGGUGGGGCUGGCCGAGUUCAACACAACCCCACCGAGUCCUUUCUUCAAUUGUAAUAACGACGAGGAAGACGAAGACGAAGAGGAGGAGGAGGACAAUGAUGGUGAAGAAGAAGACUUUAAGAAACAAGGUAGUAAUGAGGAGGAGUCUCCAUGUAAUCGAAUAUCGACCCCAUUCAUAAAACAAGGUUCCAAAGCUAAUAAUCAAGGUCGACAUUAUCAGCAGAACCAAUUUGCCAUACUUAAUAUUCUGGCAGCGGCUCUGAGAAAGUCCAUAGUCACGUGCAGUGUCGAGAGAGAAGACGUUCAUUCGUCCUUGGACAUCAGCUGGCCGACUGAGGUGAGGCAUGUAUCGCACGUGACCUUCGAUAGGUUCAAUGGGUUUCUGGGUUUGCCCACUGAACUCGAGCCAGAAGUUCCAAGAAAGGUCCCUAGCGCCAGUGUAAGCGUAUUUGGGGUGUCCCCCAAGUCAAUGCAAUGUACCUACGAUGGUAGAGGAAACAGUGUCCCAACAAUUCUUCUAAUGAUGCAGAAGAGAUUAUAUGGCGGUGGAGGACUUCAAGCAGAAGGGAUUUUUCGGAUAGCUGGGGAGAAUAGCCAGGAAGAGCUAGUCCGGGACAAAUUGAACAAAGGCAUAGUGCCACAUGGAAUUGAAGUUCAUUGCUUAGCAGGUUUGAUUAAGGCAUGGUUUAGGGAACUCCCAACAGGAGUACUUGAUUCACUCACACCAGAACAGGUUGUACACUGCAACACAGAAGAUGACUGUACUAAGCUUGUAAACCAACUCCCUACAACUGAAGCUUCGUUGCUCGAUUGGGCCAUCAAUUUGAUGACAGAUGUUGUUCAACAUGAAAAGCACAACAAAAUGAAUGCACGAAACAUUGCCAUGAUUUUUGCACCUAACAUGACUCAGAUGGCAGAUCCACUGACAGCUUUAAUUCAUGCUGUGCAAGUCAUGAACUUCCUCAAGACACUGAUUUUAAAGACCCUGCGAGAGAGGGAGGAGGCAUCACCUACCAAGGCUCAGUUUGUCUCUUCAUGUUCAAAGUUUCCAGACCUCUCUUCUACAGAUACAAACAAGAGUGAAGCCACUGAGCAGAGCUCGGAUACUAGUGCAGUCAAGCAAGCUGAGCACGGUACUCCACCAAGAACUUCCACUGAUUCGAACAUCCUAGAAUCCAACAUUGAUGAGAAACUUUGGUGUUCUAUGCCAAAAAGUGAUGAAGAAAACAAUUCUAGGCCACAAUCAGACAGUAACAGAACACCACCUGAAGUGUGUAGAAUGAGGGAAAGUGAAUGUAAAGAAGGAUAUGAGAGUGGAGAUUGGCUAAGUUUGAGGAAAGGAGUGAGGAAGCUUUGCAGGCACCCUGUGUUUCAGUUGAAUAAGUCUGCAAAGAAGACUGCAACACUUGAGAUUGUAAAUACUAACACUAGGGAACGGCACAGAGAAGCUUGGGCCUAGAGAAGAAACCCCAUCUAAAAAUUCCAUCGUUGUUCAUUCAUUAACAGUCUUUUUCUUUUUCUUUUGGUUGAGAUUUGUUAUAGUUCUAGGUGUGUUUGGUUUGAACUUCAGUCUGGUUAAUGGUGUUAAACCUGUUUGAAAAGCACUAACUAAGGUAGAGCUCUUAGUAAAAAUGGAUAUACAUAGAACGAGGGUAUUUGUGUGUGUGUGUUGAGACUAAGGUACAACUUUGAUGAUUGUAUGAAUAACUUUGCAGCUA